UCCGUCUCUCCGCUGUCCCAUGCGUUCUCCACAGCGGUCAACGUCCCAUGCUGGCUGUGACCAGCGCGCCUCGCGAUACCAUAUCACGGGAAGAUAUGAGUAGGGGAGGAAGCAGCCGUGCAGGAGUCAACAAAAACUUUCUUCUCAACACCGUCCACGGGCUACAAUCGCACAACAAGCGCGAGGAGGAGGAGGACUGCUGGAGACAGUACGGCCUCGAGCAGAGGGCGCGAGAGCGCCUGCUGGCUCACGACGCCAACCGCAAUCGACAAAAAUUCCCCGCCGACGGAGGUGAUACAUCGGCGAGCCACGCCUCCGACGUUGAUGCUCGCCGAUUCUGGGCAGAGCGGAAGGAAAGGGCCAUGACUGCAACAACGCCGGCCAUCGACCCGAAUGCCGCAGCCGCCGCUACAGGAGGAGGAGGAGGUUCAUCGCCCGCGGUGGAUAAGAAGAGGCAACGAGAGGAUAGUGAGGAAGGCACUGGGAGGGCGAAUGGGGAUCGUGGAGACAGGAGAAAGAAAGAGGAGAAGAAAAAGGCCAACAAGAAGAAAAAGAAGAAGAGGAAACGGGAGAGCCGAGAUAGGGCCGGAAGCGACGAUGAGCGAGGAGUUGUAGGCGUAAGGACCGUGGGCGGGAAUGAGGAAGCUCGCAGAAGACAGAAACGAUCCGAGAAGCGUGCACAGAAGAAGCGCAAGAAAUGAUGGAUUGAGGCCCAACAACGCUUUCAGCAGGCCGCCUUGCCAGGAGAAAGUUUGCGCGAUUGCUGCCUCCACAACAGUACUAUCACGGGGUAGGUGACUCCUUGUCAACCCGCAGCGGUUAUUUCCAUCUUGAGGUGUGGCGGGAUAAGGGGCGCUGGAGGGAUGCUUGAGCUGGUGAUGGCAGCUGGCGUUAUGGCCUGCGCUGCACGUAAAGCGUGUGGGAGCGUCGGACGCCGAUGAAGCAGAGAUGUUCGAAGAUAAGCCGUGCUGUUCAAGCAAACGUGUGCGUGCGGCGCAUGUGCGAUUGGGUCUUUGCGCGCACGCGGUUGCUGAUUCGUCUCAUACGGGAGAUGAUGGGGGUCAGUCUGCCUGUCUUCUGUAUCGCUGGACAAGUGUGACUGCCCAUCCUGGUGGUGCACGGAGCAGCGGUAAUGCGUGAAGUUAGCAUGGCAUGUGUGCGUAGUGGUACUCGAUACAAGCUUAGCUGGGGCAUGCGGCGAUGUUUCCUUCCUGCUGUAGCAGUUCGCAUCUACGGGAAUAUGUACGCGCUGGACCUCAAGUGGACCUGGUACAAAUACGAAGCCGGAUUGCUGGUCAUUCGCUGAGCGAUUGAAUCUUGGUGCGGGGAGCAUCUUCCAGUCAGAAGAUAUGUUUGAGUCAGUAGUAAUUUUUUCACCCAGCAGUACCAUCGCAAGAAUAACGAGGCAGUCCUCUUGGCAUUGCCCGUGUUUUCUUGGGAACGCCGUGUGCUGUCUGAUAUGUGAACCAAUGUGGCUAAUAACGUGUUGCGAAAAGACUGUUGAAC